GAAACAUUGCACUAUAUAGCAGAGGUCGGCAACCAAUGGCACGAGUGCCAGACGUAGCAGGCAGAGCGCUUGUCUAUGGCACGCCAUGUGACUCAGAGGAGCAAAGAAAAAGUUAAACAGCAAGAUAAGAUGAAAUGACGGAUAGAUUAGCUUCCGCCUCUGGCCAAUGGAAAAGAGCUCCCGUUAGUCGUGGAAUGUGAUUGGCAGAGCGCUCGCCCCCGUCGCCGAGCAUGCGAAGUCCCGAGUGCGCAGGCCACAGGACUGUCUGCACAACCAUACCGCACAACACUCUCGAGGGAAGGCUGCAGGUUAUUAUUGCUGACUCGGAGUACACGUAGAGGAUUUCAGAAGAUGGCAGCCAGUAACGCAGCAAUUCUUGAAGAGAUUGAAGCCCUACAAGCUAUUAUGCCAGAUGAAGUAACAGUAUUGCAAGGACACAGUGGAAUGCCUGAUGGUGUGGAGGUGACUGUUGUCCCAGCAACUGGACAGAAUAUUGAAGAACAACAUGUGAGGGUAACUCUCGUGCUGUCUUUGCCACCUGAGUACCCAGAUACCUCACCAAGCAUCACACUCAGGAAUCCAAGGGGAGUAGAUGAUUACAUCCUGAAGAAGAUUCAUGAAGAAAGCAGGAAGAAGUGUGAAGAAUAUUUAGGCUGUCCGGUUAUUUAUGAACUCAUUGAGGUUGUACGUGAGAAUUUGACUGCCAACAACACUCCAAGCUGUCCCUGUGCAAUUUGUUUAUAUGGAUUUACUGACUCUGACAUCUUCACGAAGACUCCAUGCUUCCACUACUUCCAUUCAUAUUGUUUAGGAAGAUACAUACUGAAAUGUGAAGAAGAAGCAGCAGCAGAAGAAGAAGAACCACAGCCAGCUUGGAUGGCUCGAGAAAAGAAACAGUUAGUGUGCCCUGUUUGUCGGGAUCCCAUCCAGCAAGAGCUAAGCAGCCAAGAACUUUUAAUGUCAGCUCCACCAGAAGAGGAUAAAUGUGUGACAGAAUUCCAGGCAGAUGACCCAGAGAUAGUUGCAAUGCAGCAGAGGAUGGCUGUGUUGUAUCUGCAGCAAAAGGAAAAAGGAGGAAUAAUAGACUUAGAGGAGGAAAAAAAUAGGUUCCUUGUUUCUUCUAAUAGGGUUGACUCAUGUGAAGGACUAGAAGAGAGCGCUGAAAGUGAAGGAGGAAGUAAUCCAGUACGAGAUGUACACUAUGAAGCACAGCAGGGUAGUGUUUCCCAUGUGCCAACAGCUGGUCGAAGAGGAGGUAGGCCGACGGUCCACAGAUCACACGUUCCAAAAUCCCACGGGGGACAUGGUCAUCAGUAUUGGAGGAGUGCGGACCAAGGUGAUAUAAGGCACUGGCAAGGUAAUCGUGGAAGUCGAGGAGGAAGUGGUGGUAGAGGCAGAAGUGGAAAUGCACGUUCAGCUUAUCCAAAUCAUAGAAUUAUUGCAGAAUCACAUCAUUUUAAUGCAUCUGAAUAUAAAUCAGCCCAUAUUGAAAAUGCUUGUCCUACAAAGGGACAUCAAGGUAAACGUGAUCAAAGCAUAUAUCAAAAUGGCAGUUCCAACACUGCUUUAGACAAUCAUGCAGAGAGCGCUGAAAUUGGAAACAACACUGGAGGUGGAGUUCGAAGGGGCCCCAAAAAUCCAGGAAAUCGACAGAGAUAUGGCUCAGGUCGUGGAAGGGGACGUGGACCUCCCCCAGGUUUUGCCCCACCAAGUAUCCGUCACUCAGAUCAAGACUGGAGUUGACGAUUGUGGCUUGCAGGGUCACUUCCACCCUGUUUCUCUUUUACUCUUUGGCUUCUUGUCAUUGUAUUAAACAUACUCAUUGUAACUUCUUUAAACUUCAAGUAUUUUUCUUAUUUACCUUGCAAACAGAAUGAAUGUUGUAGACAUAGUUUCAAUAGUAUCUUUGUGCUUCUACCUUCUAUACCAUUGAGUCAAUGUGCAAAAUGUUUGUAUGUCACGCAUGUCUUUAUUCCAUUACUUUUACCUGAUUUUAUUUAUAAGAAGAUCUUGAAGAGCAUUAUCUUUAAAAUUCCACCAAAAAAGUUGUACAGAACUAGAAAUGUUAAAGUCGUAAAUUUUCUAGUGUUGCAUCUUUGACAGAAAAUGAUGAUCACCUGUAAAUUGCCAAAGGAUUAGAGAGCAUUCCAUUGUUACCUGUAUUCUAAGAAGUGUUCUCAGUGAAAGUCUAUUUCACUCAGAUGGUGCACACAAUGUUGAUAUUGGUAUCAUUUUAGAUUCGUUCCAACACAACCAAAUUCAUUUUUUCUUAAAAGGUUGUUUUUUGUGGAAGCUUAUGAUUAACUUGCACAAAGUGGGUUCUUUUCUGUUAAAAAGUUGUUUACUUUUCUGCCUAGGAAAAUGGUAGAUAAUGGAUUUAGGAGACUCGGGCAAGAUGGUCUAAGAUAAGAUUGAAACUGUGAGAUAAUCACCUUACCCCACUGUAGAAUUUUUUAUAUGUAUAGUUGUACACACACACACACACACACACACACACACACACACACACACACACACACACACACACACACACACACACACACACACACACACACACACACACACACACACAACACACACUCACACUCACACACUCACACUCACACUCACACACACUCAUUCAUACACUCACACUCACGCACUCACAGUCACAUUCACAUUCACAAACAUGCACGCGGGCGGGCAUGCACAGUAAAUCACAAACAUGCACAUAAACAAACUCAGGGCCACAGGCGAACCCACUCACACAAACGAAGAAACACGCACAUUAACGAGGGCACAUGUACAUAAACAAACUCAUGCACACACAUAUGAGCACAGACACACAUGUGAAACUUAAACACACACACACACACACACACACACACACACACACACACACACACACACACACACAC